UUGGCCCAGCACACCCCGACUUGCGUAUCGCGAGCCUCCGAUUGCGCUCCGAGAAUUUGGUGUAUCAGAACGGCGACCCGACCUGGAGAAGUCACCGUUUCUAUCGCUUGCGGCGUUAAGUAAGCCCCGUCUCGCCGUCAACCACCCGCCCCGGUUCUGUUCUGGUCCAACUCUCUUCUCUUCGUGCAUGAUUGCGUUGCGAUAACAGUCAAUUGGCUACCCCCCCCAAACCCACCCCGCCGCAAAUAUGAUACGGCGACUCAUCCCACGAUGCGCCCCUCGCUCGGCGGCCUUCAUUGCGCCGCGGCGGUCAUCACUGGGCUUGUUCCCGGCUGCACGCCAGUACAGCGUCAGCCCGGAGGUGGCAUCCCAAACAAAACUGCAGGAUAUCGACCCGACCAAGGUGGUGGUCAACAAGACAGGCACGCCUAAGCCGCUCUUGAAGGCCGAGGACCUGGUCUUCGGGCGCAACUUCACAGACCACAUGCUCACCGUCGAGUGGGACCAGGCGACGGGCUGGCAAAAACCGCACAUCUUGCCCUACCAGAACCUGUCGCUCGACCCGGCCAGCUGCGUGUUCCACUACGCCUUCGAGUGCUUCGAGGGCAUGAAGGCGUACAAGGACAAGGAUGGCAAGAUCCGCCUCUUCCGCCCGGAAAAGAACAUGGAGCGGUUCAACAAGUCGGCCGCCCGCAUCGCACUCCCCAACUUCAACUCGGCCGCCAUGAUCGACCUCAUCGCCCAGCUCGCCAAGCUCGACAGCCGCUUCAUCCCCGAGGAGCGCGGCUACUCGCUCUACCUGCGCCCCACCAUGAUCGGCACGCAAAAGACGCUCGGCGUCAACCCGCCCGGGUCGGCCCUCCUCUUUGUCAUUGCCUCGCCCGUCGGCCCCUACUACCCGACAGGCUUCAAGGCCGUGUCGCUCGAGGCGACCGAUUACGCGGUGCGCGCGUGGCCCGGCGGCGUGGGCGACAAGAAGCUGGGCGCCAACUACGCGCCGUGCAUCGUGCCGCAGCGGGAGGCCAUGAGCCGCGGGUUCCAGCAGAACCUGUGGCUGUUCGGCGAGGAGGAGUACGCGACCGAGGUGGGGACCAUGAACUUCUUCGUGGCGGUCAAGAACAAGCAGACGGGCCAGAAGGAGCUGAUCACGGCGCCGCUCGACGGCACCAUCCUGGAGGGCGUCACGCGCGACUCGGUGCUGUCGCUCGCGCGGGAGCGGCUCGCGCCCGAGGGGUGGAACAUUGUCGAGCGCAAGCACACCAUGGGCGAGCUCGCCGAGGCCGCCAACGAGGGCCGCCUGAUCGAGGCCUUCGGCGCCGGCACGGCCGCCAUCGUGAGCCCCGUGCGGCACAUCAGCUGGCGCGGCCAGUUGGUGAACUGCGGGCUGAAGGAGCACGAGGAGUCGGGCGAGGUCGCGACCAAGAUGAAGAACUGGAUCGAGGCGCGGCAGUACGGCGAUGACGCGCACGAGUGGAGCUACGUGUGCUAGAGCGGGGGUGUAGAUGGGGUGUUGGUUGGAUGUAGAAUUGUAUAUAGCGUGCUAGUAAUUUCGAGCGGUUGAUCUUCAUGCCAUCUUCGAUCUCUAGUAGUUCAGUGACAAACUCAAUUCAACAACAACACGGCUGCCGCAGAGGGGCAGCACCUCUAUCCGAAUGAUGGUCUAGCUGG